UGAUGUAUUUCCGCUUCCUCUCGGCCCAGUCGUAUUUGGUUGGACGGGCUUGUUGCGGGGAGGGAGGGGACAGAUUGUUUGCAGUGGAGGAGCUCGGAGUACAGGAAGGUAAACUGAGCUCCCCCGAGACCGGCACCCCGCAGCCUCGGUUCGGGCCCAGCCUCAUCUCUCCAGCUGCCGCCACAGCCUGGAGGCGCCUGCCUCCGCUCUCCCGAAUGGUGCUACUCCUCGCAGGCCUCGGCCCGGGAUCCAGACCUCCUUUGCCCCCUGCCUCGGAGCUUCUGCUCCGGGUCUCCCCCGGUGGACUGCUCGUGGCGGGCAGGGAAGAACUUUUCCACAGACAAGGCUAUCCCUGCAGGAGCGCCUCCGACGCUUUGAAUCUCGGCCUCUAACCCGGUGUGGGGGUGUCCCUCUCUCCCCUCUUCUACCCGCCGAGAGGAGAAUCCCUUCUUCUUGCAGCCCAGAGCCCGGGAGGUCCCAAGGUGGGGCCCUGGUCCCAGCAUGUCAGUCCUCUCUUGUGCGUAGGGCUGUGCUCUCUCCCCUUUAGCAUGGCCGAAUUCAGGCCGGUGCCCAGGGGGCGGGAGACCCCGCAGGGGGAGCUUCGGGCGGAGGUGGUAGAGGAUGAAUCCCCGCGGAGCCCGGUCGCGGAGGAGCCGGGGAGAGGCGGCGGCAGUCACGGCAGUGAGGCCAAACUGUCUCCCAGGGAAGAGGAAGAGCUGGAUCCUCGGAUACAGGAAGAGCUAGAGCAUCUGAACCAGGCCAGCGAAGAGAUCAACCAGGUGGAGCUACAGCUGGAUGAGGCCAGGACCACCUAUCGGAGGAUCCUGCAGGAGUCAGCAAGGAAGCUCAACACGCAGGGCUCCCACUUGGGGAGCUGCAUCGAGAAGGCCCGGCCUUACUAUGAGGCUCGGCGGCUUGCUAAGGAGGCCCAGCAAGAGACCCAGAAGGCAGCGCUGCGGUACGAGCGGGCCGUGAGCAUGCACAAUGCUGCCCGGGAGAUGGUGUUUGUGGCUGAGCAGGGUGUCAUGGCUGAUAAGAACCGGCUAGACCCCACCUGGCAGGAGAUGCUCAACCAUGCCACCUGCAAGGUGAAUGAAGCAGAGGAGGAGCGGCUUCGUGGUGAGCGGGAGCAUCAGCGGGUGACCCGGCUGUGCCAGCAGGCUGAAGCUCGGGUCCAGGCCCUGCAGAAGACGCUCCGGCGGGCCAUUGGCAAGAGCCGCCCCUACUUCGAGCUCAAGGCCCAGUUCAGCCAGAUUCUGGAGGAGCAUAAGGCCAAGGUGACAGAGCUGGAGCAGCAGGUGGCCCAGGCCAAGACUCGCUAUUCAGUUGCCCUGCGCAACCUGGAGCAGAUCAGCGAGCAGAUUCACGCACGGCGCCGGGGCCAGCUCCCGCAUGCCCCAGGCCAGCGGCGUUCCUCCCCUGUGGGGGCAGAGGCUGGGCCUGAUGGUGGGGAGGAUGGGGACAGUGGGAUCAUCGAGGGGGCUGAAGGCGGGGGCCUGGAGGAGGGCAGUAGCCUGGGUCCUGGGGCUGCCCCUGACACAGACACGCUUAGCCUGCUGAGCCUGCGCACGGUGGCCUCGGACCUGCAGAAAUGUGACUCUGUGGAGCACCUGCGGGGCCUCUCAGACCACACCAGUCUGGACGGCCAGGAGCUGGGUUCCCAGAGCGGGAGCCGUGGGGGCCGCCACCAGCGCAGCAUCAGCCUGUAGUCCAUGCUCAGGGUGGCUAGUCCUUUCAUCACCACUGGCCCUCGUAGGGCUGGACAGGCUCUGUGCUCCCUCUUCCUCAGGUCCUUUCUUCCCUUGGAGAGGUCAGGUUGGUCCUUGCCUCUGGUGGAUUUCUCCCUGUCCUUGCCCUCCCAGCUCCCUCUUCACAGGUGGCAGCUCUUUUUGCCUUACCCUUUCAGAAGGCUUUUCUCUGGCUCUCACAUUUGCCCUCUCCUGCUAGCUCCUCAUGGUCUGAUGCCCUUUGCUGCCCCCUUUCUGCUUUCCUUCCAUCUGUCUGGCUUUCCCCUCAGGGAACUUGGUCUAGAAGGCACAGGGAAGCCCAUCGGAGAAGGUGGGUGUAAGACCCAAGUCCUGGCAUCUUGGCCCCUAGCUUGAGGAAAUAGGUGUUCCUUCCACCUCCCCAUCUCCCAAGGUCUAGGGAUGCUACAGAGCUCUUCUGGCAGCCGUGUGCCCUAGGCCUCUGUCCCGGCCUGCCCAUAUGGAACCUGAAAUGCACUGUAGGACUGUGUACGUCUGGAAGACACUACUGAUCCCUACAGUGCUCCCUCCUCAUGACCUAAGCCACUUUGCUAUGUGUGCCACAAAGCAGGAUUGGAAGGGUACCAGUGUCAGAGAAGGUGAAACCCAAAUCCGCUGUCAACACAGAGGACACCACCCACUCCAGAUAGGCUCCCAUGUGUAUGGUGUUUUCCGCAGCUGGGCUGGGCUGUUAACAUUGCUAAGGUGCUAGUGGGUCUCUAACAAGGGUCCAUGUUGGCAGGUGGACAUGAAAUGAGGUCCUGAUGGUUGAGGCCCUUGCCAUUCAUGCUGCAGAGUUGGGUUUACUUUUUCUGGGUAGAGGAUGUUGAGCUGAAUCUCAGCACCCUCCUUCGGGGUGGAGUUAGGGAAAUUGGUGCUCAGUUGCUCUCCCUCUUGCUCUCCCAAACCAAACAAUACCUACUCCAGGAUCCCUUAGGGAAAUGCUCAAGUUUUGCUGCACAGCCUUCUCUGUUGUAGGUAGGGGUUGCCCUGGGGUGAGGGAGCCCACCCUCCAUGGGGAGCAGCUCUGGGUGUUUGGUGGUGUUCCAGGCCCUAUGGUGGGGAAGGGGGGAAGCCAUGCUAGAUCUGGGUGCCUUGGGAGAACUGGUCCUUCUUCCUUUGCCACCCUAAGAGGUCUGAGAGCUGGACUCUGGGCAGGACAGCUUGCACCUAGGCCUUUGUGCUGCUGCUGUCACCUGGGAGGAGUGGGCUUUCAUAUGGAGGGUGGUGUCUCCCUGUGCUAAGGUGGUCACUAUGAGAACCACUGGGUUUGAGGUGGCCAUGGGUGAAGUGAAGAAAGGGAGGGAGGACGUGGGCAUGCGUGUAUGCAUGUGCCGGGGGAGUAUGUGUGUGUGUGUGUGUGAGAGAGAGAGAGAGUGUGUGUGUGAGAGAGAGAAAAGGGUAUGCCCCUGAUUUUAUUUAAAUAAAAUAGUUUAUGUAUCAGUAAUGUUUGCUGUCCCUGUCAGGGGAGGGAGGAAGAGAAGGGCGGAGUGUGUGUGGGGAGGCUCUUGAUGGGUGAGUCAGGGCAGGGAAGAUGCCUCCUCCUCCCACCUUUCAGGCGAGGAGGGGUCGCAGGGUGGAGAGGACAUUGUUCUAGUGGUCCGGAAAAGACAAAGGUGCCAGUCCUGGGUAUGUCUGCAGUUGAGCAUGAAGGAAGGGGAGGGACAAAAGUAGGGUUGUAGGAGACUUAAGUUUCAGAUAGAGUUUUUGUCUCCUGCAGUGUUUAGGACAUAGUACUAAGUUUUUAUGUUGUCUGUCUAAAAUUUAAUGUAGAUGAAAGGUGACACUCAAAUCACGACUUGAUGUGUUGUGGGGUGCAAAGGAUUUGAGUGUGUUUGGACCCACAGCCUGUGAAAUAUCUAGUGGAAUCAGGUUGGGGCGGGAUGAGAACUUUGGGAGCCAUGGAUAUGUAGAGUGAAAGCUUUGGAUCAAGCGCCCUCAGCCCCAGCCCCAGAGGUGCACCUACAUUUCGGGCCAGGUGAGGAGGACAUCAUCCAAAGGGUGGAGAAGGCACUGCCAGGGAGGAGGGCAGGAGACCCACUGGAAACUUGAUGGGAAAUGGUUGUCUUGAAGACCCUUGAGGGGAAGAGUGAAGGGCAGAAGUUGGGAUGGAAGGGCAGAGCAGUGACCCUGGUGAUCUCAGAUGGCAGAUGGGCCAUCAGGAGCCACUGUGUUUUGAACAUGCGCUGUGUACCCUUCGACAGGUACUGUCCAGGUGUGAGACUACCUUUCCCAACCUGGACUUUUUUUUUUUUAAACAAAUUAUCUUUCUCAUAGUUCCAGAGGAUAAAAGCCUGAGGUCAAGCCACGAGUAGGAUUAAUUCCUUCUGAGGGUUGUAAGGGAAGGAUCUGUUCCAGGUCUCUCUCCUUAACUUGCAGAUCUGUCUUCUCCCAGGGUCUUCAUCUUCCCUGUGUACGAGUCUGUUCAGAUUUCUCUCUUAAAACGAUACCAGUCAUAUAGGAUCAGGGUUCACCCUAAUGACCUCAUUUUACUUUAAUAACUUCUGCAAGGACCCUAUCUCCAAGUACAGUCACAUUCCGACUAGGUUACAGCUUCAGCAUAUGAAUUCUGAGGGAGACGCAAUUCAGUCCAUAACAGCACAAAAGCACGUCAUCACAAUAAACAAUGUAAAUGGUAUCUGAUCCUGUCUUUCCAUUACAACAUCGCUGGAUUUAAUCUACUAUUUUGCUUAUUGGAAUGCCGUUCAACUGACCUCUCUUUCUAAUUGAGAAAGCGUGGUGAGGCAGAUGGGUGCCAAAAUAUUCCCUUUAUUACUGGAAAAGUUGUGAUGAGAAUACAUGGCCUAUGUCCUUGGGCAAGUAGGCUUUCUGAGAUGACACUCCAGGGUCAUACUUCCUACCCACCCCCACAAGUCACUUGGUGUGGAGGAGACCCAGAGAAGAAGGGCUGGCUAUGCACACUCAGUUUCUCUUCACCAAAUCACCUACCAGAUAAGAAUGGAGAGCUAGUAGGAGAGUUAAGAGCCAAUGGUGCUGCUUCCAUGUGGAAGAAAAUAGCCACAGCAAAUAUGCCUCCCCCAACCCCCACCCUAUCCCAAGUGGUCUUGUACUUAUCCACUGUGACUCUUGCCAGGAUAUGAAUUUACCUGUUUCCACAACAACCUUAGGAGGUAGGUGGCACCAUGAUUGUCUUUUCAUAGAUGCUAGUACAGGUGGGGAUGCCCAAUUUGCCCCCAGCCUUGUAGAAGGUAAAGGAGGCAUUUGGCCUUGAGUCCACAGGGACCAGAGGUGAGAAAGUGGCGUGGGCAGAAUCACCUCUCAAGAAGUGUUAUUGGGGAGGGGAAGCGAGAAGUAUCAGGAAGCUUGAGGAAUUUUGUUUCAAAAUGAGCAAGAGAUGGUCAAACUGAGAGGCUGUCUCAUUCCCCCCAUUCCUGUACCAUGUCAAAACAUGGUUGGUAAUAAUAAUUUCUCCUAAAUUAUGUCUUCCCCCAAGUGAGCAGUUGGGCCUCAGUCUUGCCAGCACAUAAUAUAUGCCUGGCACUACAUGUUCAGUAAACAUGCUUUUCCAUUUCCCUCUUCCCCCAGUUCCGAUCUAUGCCAGGUUACUUUGUUAGACUGUUGCUAGGAAGUCAGCAUUGUAUCCACAGGCCUGUGAUGAUAUCUCCAUGUCCCUAAGGGUCAUUCUCAAAUUUCUCUAAGCUCCAACUUUAAAAUGAGAAAAUCUGGGUAUGCCUAACCCUCUGCCAGGUCGGUGGGUGUCAGCCACAAUGAUCCCAUAUUAGCUUCCAGAUGAAAUGAGCAUCACAUUAGGAGGCCUCCUUCGGUCCAGUGCUAGAGAAGGAGGCUUUUCUCUCUCUCUCCCUUUCCUUUUCCUUUCCCCCUUACCUCCCUUCUCUCCUUUCUCCUCUUCUCGCCCCUUCCCCUUCUUUCUUUUUUAAAUAAAGGCCCUGAUGAAGUUCAGGUUUACGUCUUUGUCCUGUUGUAGUUUUGGUAGUCACCCUUACCUUUUCCUCCUGUGCGGUAAAGAAGGGCUUUUUGUCAGUUGUCAUGGUCCCACUCUGUCAGCAGAGGGCAGCAGCCACCAGAAAGUGAAUAAGUGAAUGGAGAGAAAUCUAAGUCAGCUGGGUCCUGGUCCUCAUUUUCCGGCAGUCCUAUGAGGUUUGCCUCCUUGACACUUGGCAGGUGGUCCUGGGAACCUGGAGGGGGUAGGGGUUGGGGUGUAUGCAUUAGAGUGCAACCCUGCCUGUCCCCACGUGGUCAUCUUGCAUCCCUGAUGUGCUUGGGAUGGUCUGGUGUGUGUGAAAACUGCUUCAGGUUGGGGGGCACCAGAUCAUUUGACGCCAGAUGUUCUGUGCUUCUUGAUGUCCUGUUCUUAGAACUCACCUCCUUCUUUGUUCUGCUUAGUGCUUUAUUCCUCUACCCUUCCUUCACCUUUUUGCACAUUAUUCUCUUGGGAAGUCCCUUUGGCUUCCCUCUACUACAACUCAUAAGCCUUGGGCUUCUCCUUUGUCCACCAUCCAUGAGCCCUGGGCUGCCAUACAGCACUGUACCCUGAAUUAAGGGAACCAGGGGACCAUUUUGCUGACUGGCAAAAGAGUGUGUAGUUUGUUAAAUAUUUAGCAGUAUCUUUUAGAGUUGCAAACACUGCGGUAGGGCUUGUUAGGAAUACCAGAAAGUAUAAUAAUCAUGGGUUAGACAUCCAGUUAAGGAACACAGGUGGAUAUAGGUAACAGGUCACACACGGUAGUACACAAAUAGGUGUUUAUUUUAUUUUUUAAGAUUUAUUUAUUUAAAGAGAGCAGAGGGAGGGGCAGAGGAAGAGGGA